AUGGACAAAAGCCAGAUAACCAAGCAGAGAAGAUCCCUCGAAAAUGAAGACUACGCCGCUGCUUCAUCCCGGCGAUACGCGCGGGACCACGACGACGACGACAAUGAUGACGACGGAUUGCCUCAGCGAGAAUUCAGGUUUGGCGGCGAGAAGCGAAGCAAUAUGAGGGACCGGAGCUUGAGCCCGUACAGCAAAAGGCUGGCUCUAACGCAGGCGAUGAAUAUGUGA